UUUGGGUUGUAAAUAUUGGUCAAACUGUUGAAGUUGCCUGCCCCUCCAACAGUUUUCAGAAUCUGACCCUAGAUCUGUAGGGGGCGUGUCUCCUCUCGCCUGUCUGUCACACUUUUGCUACCUUCAUGACUCAUUGCGGUGUCCGUGUCUGCAGUACCAGAGAGGACUGGAAAAAUGGCGGCGGGUUCUGGAGCUGUUAGCGGCCAUGGUGGCCGCGGCGCUUUGGAGGCCACCCUGGACCGCAGAUUCCAAGGAGUAUCCAACACUAUGGAGUCUAUACAGGGACUGUCGACCUGGUGCAUUGAAAAUAAAAAGUAUCACAGCCUUAUCGUUCGGUACUGGAUGAAGUGGCUCAAGAAAUCGGACACCAACCACCGUCUGAAUCUGUUCUAUCUAGCCAAUGAUGUAAUACAGAACUGCAAGAGAAAGAACGCCAUCGUCUACCGCUCAGCCUUCGCUGAGGUGCUCCCCAACGCUGCACUAAUGGUCAAAGACCCGAAGGUGCGUAAGUCAGUGGAGCGGAUCUUCACUAUCUGGGAGGAGAGAAACGUCUAUCCUGAGGAACUCAUCACUCAGCUCAAAGCCAACCUGGCCAAGAAGGAGAGAGAGAGGGAGAAAGAGAAGGCUAAAGAGAUGCCUCCUCCGCCAGCCCCAGUCAACCCCAAAGCUGCCCUGAAGUCCAAGAUUGUGUCUGAUUUCAUACCCCAGUCGUUCAUCGAGCAGCUGGCAGGCUUCAAACGGGUGGUGGAGGAGGAGGAGCUGAGGGAGACCCAGCUGACAGCUCUCAGAGUGGACGUCUGCAGCACGGAGGCCCUCAAGAGACUCAAAGACAAGGCCGGAGGGAACAAGUUUGCCAAGGACUUUGAAGAGGGCAGUCAGAAGCUGCAGGAGUUUGUCAGUUUCCUGGAGAACCAGAUGCCUGUAGGGCCCCCUCUGCUGGAGGCUCUGGGAAACGCAGAUGUCUUCUAUGAGAUGCAAUACAAGGAAGUCAAGAUCGUGGCCAGCGCCUACAAAACCUUUGCCAACCGCGUGGUCAACCUCAAACGUAAACUGGAUGCCCUCAAGUCCUCCCUUCCCGGUCCCGAGGACUCUCCCACCCCCUCCCCCUCUGAGGACGCUCCCUCACCCACCGGCUCUGACUCCCCCUUCCUGGGGCUGGGAGGAGACCAAGGAGGUAGGCUGGGCUUUGACCCGGACCUGGAUGGGAGUGCCAUGGACGAGAGGGACAUGGGGGUUGUGAGAGAGGGGGACAACAGAGAUGUGGAGGACAUGGAUCUGUCUGAGGAGGACAUGGAGACAGCCAACACAGCUGAGAAGCAGUCGUUAUCAGCCACAGUUUCCAAGGUGACCAGCUCCAAGACCGCAGCGAAACCUGCCCCUGUCACACUCAUUCGAACCUCCACCGAAUCCCCACUCAAAAAGGCAGCCUCGUCUACCCCCACGCCAGUGACCCUCAGCGCCCCUACGAGCGCGGGUGUGAGUGGUCCUAGCGGUCCGACCGCUCCGCUGGGAAUGAACCUGGCCAAUGUGGACCUGGGCAAGAUCAGCUCCAUACUGAGCAGUAUCACAUCAGCCAUGAAGAACACAGCAGCCAGCCCUGUGUCUCGCCCCUCCCCUGGAACUCCCACCACCCCCUCUGGCCAAUCAUCUUCCUCCAAAACCCCAGUUGGCCCCACCCCUCCUAGCCCAGCCCUGGCCAGCAUCCUGUCCAGAGUGAACGUCACCCCUGAAGGCAUCCUCAACGCCCUGUCAAAGACCCAAACACAGAGUCUGUCCUCUCUGCUGAGGUCUGGUAGCUCCUCCUCCUCUGCCCCCUCCUCCCAUGCCUCCCCAGACUCCUCAGCAGCCAAGGGCCCCCACACACCCACCACUCCUAGCAACACCAAACCCCCCCUGACCAACAGUCUCAAACGAGACACACCUGAGAGGAGCAGAGGAGCCAGGGAUUGGGAGAAAAACCGAGAGGCCUCCCCUCCUCCUCCUCCUCCUCCUCCUCCUCCUCCUCCCUCUCUACCUAGCCGCUCUGUCUCUCCUCCCAGCCUAGAGUCUAAGAUCAACCGUUUCCUCCAGGGGAACCCAGGGUUCAGUCUGGGCCUGGGGGAUGGGAGCCCUCUGCUGGGGGGAGACGGGGUAGACGGGACCCCCGUCAGGGAUGAGAGCGGGGGCACCCCCACCCAGGACGAAAUCAUGGACACACCAGGGGGUGUCUCCUCCGACCCCCUUGGCCUCAACAGUGACCCCAAGAGCUUAGGCUCAUCCAUAUGUCUUGAUCUUUCACCCACGGCCUACCGCAGUGACCCUUGGGACGCCGUCAUCACCCCAACAGGAAGCAGCAGCGACGUGGACUUCCUCUCUUCCUCUUCUCGUUUCCAAGGCUACGGAGCGGGGAAGAAGGCCGCCAAGCUGAAGGAGGAAGAUUCGAAGAGGAAGAUUAGCUCUUCAUCACUGGGAAGCAGCAAGGUGAAGAAGGAUGGACAGAACAGUCACGGGAACAACAGAUCAGUCGAAGGAGAGAGGAGAGCGUCCAUAGGUUCUCGCAAGACCAGCAGCGGAUCAGAGGAGGGAGGAAUGAGUGGAACGAGGGAUGGAAAGAGGGGAGGAGAGGAUGGUGGGGGCUCAUCUGAUGGGGAGGGGGGGCAGUACCACCGUAUUGAGACGCUGGUGUCGCCUUGCACAGAGGGAGCACCUUUCCAAUCACUGGGGGGCUUCUCAAACCGCCAGCCAACCGGAGAGCGCAUCCAGACGGUGGAAAGUAUCCGCGUGAUUGGACAAGGGCUGCGUCGCGGGGAUGGAGAAGGGGGGAGGCCAGGCGGAGGGAUGUGGUACGAUGAGGAAGGGUACCUGGAUACCCAGCCCCCCUCACCUUCCCCUCAGGGCGGCUCUGACGACAUGACUUCAUCCCCCAUGCCUCCCGCGACCUCACACCACCACCUUCCUCCUCAUCCUCAUUCUAAUCACCCUCCCCACCCUCAUCCGCAUGGCCCCCCACCCCAGUUUCAGAUGCCCCCCUACCAUGGGGAGAACCCCCAAGGUCCCCUCCCCUCACACCUCCACCAUCACCCCCCUCCUCCCUUCUUCAACUCCCCUCCACCACCCAUCCCACGCCCUCCACCCCCUCCCAUGCCCCAGCUCCCUCCACCGCCGCGCAACUUCCUCCCCCCCUCGGCAGUCAUGGUAGGCGGGGUUCUAGUCCCCAUUGACCGCCAACUGCCCCUCCCUCCCCAGGUCCGCCCAGACGGAGGAGACCGAGGGGGGAUGGGAGGGGGAACCAGGGGGGGUAGAGGUGGUCCCACUCCCCUCAUGUCCUCUCUGUUAGGGGAGCCCCCUAAGAUGCCUCGUCCCGGCACAGUCAAAGAGCAUUUCACUCCCCGCCACGCACCCCCUCUCCACCGCCCCGGCACCCCCGGUGCCCCGCCUCCCUUAUUGGGCCGUGUCAAGGAUGGCAUCAACAUCCCUCCUCCACCUCUCUCCUCCUCCACCCCUCCCUCUCCCUCAGGCGACCCCCUGCUUCCUCGCCCCCAAGCUCCUCCGCUCCAGCACCCUCCAGCUAGCCCGCCUGCCCAGCCCCGACACCCCAACCCCAACCAUCCCCACCGUCCCUCGCCGUCCCUCAUACGCCUACCCUCCCCCAAUCCCUGCCCCCCUAUCAACUCCACCCCCCAGAGACCACUACUCCACCCUCGCGGCCCCCCUGUCCACCAGCACCUAAACCGAGAGCCACCCAUGUUCCGUGGGGGCAAGCGUCCUGGCCCUCCAUUCGGCGGGGGCCGAGGAAGUCCCUUCUACCCCCCCAAGAGACCUUUCUUACCCCCACGCUAUUGAAAUGUUAACCCAUGCUGAAUGAAAAGCGACCCACACACCUAGCUACCCAACACGGGGAGAAGAUGUGUAGAACCCUUAUGGUAUGAGCCCAGUCUGUCCUCACUAUGUUAAUCCUAGUGGAGUCAUUUGUUUUACUACAUUUAGCUGAUCGCACCUUGACAAAAACUAGCACGUCACCUCACCACAAUACAGUACCAGCUUAGCGAUUAUGCACAGUGUUAUGGAUGAAAUAGGUAACCAAACCAAAUCUGCCACCCUCUCCCCUCCUCCGAUCCCCAGGAGCAACAAUGUUCUCUGCUUCCCCUCACUAAAGCAGUGAGGGAGUAAUGGAGGUGUGAACUAGAAGGAAGACGACAAGCACAGAUCAAAUAGAAACAGAAACAGGUGGUUAUUCUAUUUCACUAAAAUUCUACUUACCUCCGGUAUUGUUUGAAUAAGCUGAUAUAAACACUUUCAGAGAGAGAGAGAGCGAGGGAUAGAUGGAAUGGAAUGGGAUGGAAUGGGAUGGAUGGAUGUGAGGGGCUGAAGAGAUGGGAUGGGCUGGAGAGAUGGGAUGGGCUGAAGAGAUGGGAUGGGCUGGAGAGAUGGGAUGGGCUGGAGAGAUGGGAUGGGCUGGAGAGAUGGGAUGGGCUGGAGGGAGGUUGGGAUAGAUGGGAGGGGGUUUGAUUGAGGAACAAAGUUGCUCCCUGAGAGUGUGUCCUAAAUACAACCAUUUUUCUCAAUAGGAUUUGGUUAUCUCUGGACUUUAUGAUUGAUGAUGGUUGUGGAGUUUCUCCACCAUAACCCCAACGUGCUCCCAGUGCAUCGUAUUGCAAAUAAUAACCUUGUUUCUCUCCUAGAGGUUUUCAUGCUCAAGUCGCCUCUUCCUUCUGUAUAUUUCUCAGCUUUUAAAUGUAUAGACUGAAUGAGUUGGCUGUGUUGCGACUAUUAAACCUCGGUUGUUUGUGUAAAGAGCAGAGUCAUCGCUAUUCGCUAACUUGUGAUUGACGCCAUUGUGAAGAAGCCUUAGCUGUAGUUACACACCGAGGCAGCGAUGUUUGUGCUUCUCAUUGCUCUAACAAAACACCACUCUGUCCAUCUCCAUUUCUCCAAUCUGAGGGGGGAGGAGAGUGAAGAAUCGUCCAGUGUAAAGACGCAUUUAACAGAUAAUGAUGAGUUGCGGAGACUCUCAGUAGUUGAGGCGGGUGCUUUAGAAGUUUGAACUAUGAACCCGCUGUCUCUCUACUAGGCCAUCGCUACCUGUAUUGUCUUUAAUAAAAUCCAGUUUCAACCCAACCAAGGGGAGGGUACUACUUUCUUUGAUAGUCACUGUCAUGGAUACCGGUAAGACCAGUCGCAGCAGUUGUCAUGGAUACCGGUAAGACCAGUCGCAGCUGUAUGAUAGAUGUUAUUUUGGUCUAGUUAUUCAAAGCUGAAUUGAAAUGCUGAAACAUUACUUAUAACAGUACAAACAAUGUCAUUUUUUUCCCCCCCAACUGCUAAUUUGUUCUGAGUUGUUUUGGAUUUCUUGCUGUGAUUUUUGUUGUGGCUGUAACCUCAUGUCAGAUGUAAAAUCUCUAUUCUUGCCUGUGCAGUGCACUGUCUCUGUCCAGAAGUCCUUUUUUGUUACUUUUGACCUUUUCCCUUCGCUACCUUUCCUAGAUUUAGUCUCUUCUCUUUCCUCCUUUCCUUCCUCUGACGCUGUACAUUUACAACUGUAGAAUACCAAGUAACACCAAUGAAGAAGUGAUGAGUGAAUUGUCUGCAAACAUUCAUUACUCAUUAAGAUAAUGGACACCUAUGUAAAUGCUCCUCUAAAUUUCCCAUCAGUGUUAGUUUAUCAGUUUAUAGUGUUCUGCUAUACAUUUCUGAAUGGAAGCGAUGCUGUUCUGAAUCAAUGGUACAGAGCAGCUACUACUCUCACUCUGACUGUAUGUAUGAUGUGAUGCUUCUCUCUGUCACUGCUGAUAAUGACCAGAUUAACGCAGGCAAGUUGGUUUGUGCACGUUUCCCUGCUGUACAGUAGACUAAUGACUCCCCUUCUAACUCGUACCUCAGUUAGACAGCGAGCCGCCAGGAUGGAUUCAGAUGUAAUCAUUUUGUUUGAACAGUUUGUUUAUAUAAUAUUGUAAUUUCAAUGUACUCUUGAGUUUGAAAUAUGUUUGUUUUGAAUAACUUUUGAGUGAAAAUGCUUAAGAUUUGAAGAAUCUAAUGGUGUGUGUGUAUAGUAUGCAUUAACUAUAUAAUGAUUCAGUCAUGAAGGGGGAGGUUGUGUUAAGUUCUCCAUAUGUUUAGAUGCAUUGCUAUUCUUUUUAUGAUCAUCAAUGAUGUUCUAUCAUUAA